GACACUUUUACACCCCAUAUUAUCAGUUGGUCUCAGAAACGCCAGUACCACAACUAACUCGGCUCUCUUACGGUUCGGACCGGUUGCAAGAAGCAGGCACCUCCGGGAAAGAUUCCGUGCAGAACCAGGAUCUCGAGGAGGCAGCAAUAGCAAAAAAAAAAACAAAAAUACAGCAAACAAACCAAACAGUGUGUGUCACAGCCAUUGUGAAGAGAAAAUCCAUAGCCAAAACCAAACCAAGUGUGUUUAUACAGUGCAAAAGCGAAAAGAGGAAGAAGCAAAGGAAGAAAGCAGUAAAAAAUCGCGCGCAAAAUACAGCAUAAAAGUAGUAGCACCCAUAACAGCGCAGCAGAAAUCGAAACUCAGCUCAAUCUACACUCUCUCAGUACGCGCGGGAGAAGAAGAAGAAAACACAAAAGUGAAGCUUGCAAAUAGCAAACGAAAAUCGCACACAACAUCAACAACUCUUUACAUCACAACAAAAAAAAAAACACCAUAGCGCGCACAAGGACGAAUUAAGACACGAUCCUUGAAACUGACAACCGAGCGUGCAAAUCAGCAAUAGUUGAAUUGGAUUUUUCCACUCGAAACCAGUGAAUGUGUGUGUGUGUAGAUAUGUGCUUGUGUGUGAAUAGUGAGUGAAAUCAUCAUCAGCAUCACCACCACCACCACCAGCCGCGUGUUGUAUCAGUGAACGAAGAAAUUGAAGAAGAAAAUCAAACGAAGCCGUCUGUGUUGCAAAAAAGAAAAAAGAAGAAACAACGCGUGUGUGUGUGUGUAGACAUCAUCCUUAACACUCGCACACACUGUUGUAAGAAAUGUUCCGCAACAACAACAUCAACAACAUCAUCAUCAGCGGAACGAAAGCGGCGCUGAUCGUCCCACCGCAGCCCAGCAACAGCAACAUCAGCAUCGGUGGCGGUUCGGGCGGUCGCGCACACGUCGAGUCAGUGUUGCGACGUUGAAGAAAAUACAAGUUGUUCUUGGUUUUAACACCCCUAAUAAUCUCAUACGUACGAUUGUCAUACGAUGCAUUUCUGUUCGAACUCUUUCGUUUGCUCGGUGCGCGUUAUUAAACGCACCGAACACUAACUCUCAAUACUAUAAAACGACUAUAUAAACCGUGUGUGUCCAGUGUUCUCGAAAAAAAAAGAAGAAGAUCAAGCCAGCCAGAAAGCGAAAGGCCUGGCAGGACUCUUGUAAUAAGAAUAUUGUAUAAAAGCUAUAAUAUAAAUAUAAAACUCCAUAUACCAAUAAACUACUACUAGCACGUAGUGUGUAACGAAUGAGGAGGGAAGUGCGUUUUCAAAGUUGGUUAAACUCUCGAUCGAACGCAGUUAGAAAGUCAACGCAUCCUCUUCCCUCCUGGGGUUUCUGCGGUUUUCCCCCAUGGUCAGGAUUAACCCUGUAGUGAGUGGUGGAGCAUGACGGGACACUGAUCAUCCGUGUCGGCUAGCAGGUCUGUCUGCCGCUACGUACGCACAAGCCUACUAUGUUCAGUGGAAACCACCCGGGCGCUGCGCUUCAUCUUGCCUUGCAUCGACAGCAACAUGCCGGCGUACCCCACGGUGUGCAGCGAUUGGAAGAGGCAGUGCAAGCGUUCAUGUUGCGUUCAAAGGUUGCGUAUCAACGUGCCCGUGAGUGAAAAAUUAUGUGAAAUUAACUUUACCGCUACGACGAGCGUCAAUAACAAACGUCGCCGCAAGAAGCAGCUGCAGCGUGCGGCAUGUGAUAAUGACGAUUGAUUAGGUUACGCGCGUCCCGAUAACAGUAGUGUCCGCGGGUCCUCCAACGCAACAUCCUGUAUGCCCUUUUGUGCGCGAAUGUGCUGUAUGCGUGUGCUCGAACACAAAACGGAGAAGAACUCUGGUGGCAGGAGCACCACACAGUAGUGAACGCAGCAGAAGUGGGGCAUGAUCGAUCGACAUUACGCUGUCUCGGACGAUUUGAGUGUGACCAAGCAGACAGGUGGACGACCGGUCGUCGUAGUUGCUGUUGUCCUUACGGAUGUGAUCCUCACAGCAAAGCAAACCGAAUCAUGUUAUUUCCCCACACGUCACGACACCACCGACUGCUGCACCAGGGGCAGUGCCCGUCGUCGUAGCCGGUGUGCGGGCCCGUUCUCGGGGCCUCCAGUGAGUGGCGUGUGCACUUUUCGUUGUUUGGUGUCUCCCCCCAAAUACACGAGCCUCUUUGGUUUAACGACGAGCGCGGGUAGUAGAGGCGUCAGUGUGUGUUGUUGCGCGCCGCACUACUCGUGGAAUUUUUUACUACUGCAAAAAGGCCAUAAUAAGGUGUCCGCCAGCGGGUGCGAAACGACGCGUCCUGGCAAACCUCCGCAACUACCACCAGCCACCAGCGUGAUGCAAGUAUUUGCAAUCAAUUAUGGUACGGAAGUGAAAAGCAAACCCUCCCGAACAUCGCUGGGAAUUUUACGAAACUGUGAACUGCUUAUUGUGGGAUAAGCUCAAUAUUAUUAGUAACGCAUCAAUGCGAGAAAUCAACAAAACAGUCUGAGUGUUGAAAAAAUAGGCCGGCUUCGAAAACAUAGAAACGAAAAACGAAACCAAAACACACAACCCCCACACGAGGGUGCUGAUGUAAAGUGUGAAUCUCCAACUUCGAGUUUUUGAAACACACACACAAAACAAAAACAGUUGCUCGAGCUUCUUCGAGACACAAGUGUGAUAAGUUCUAAUUGUGCGUGAUCGCGCGUGUGUGCGAGCGAGCGUAGAGCAUUAGUAGUAAUCGAUGAGUGUGGGUCGCGAAUUGUGCGGAGCUGUUAGAGUGGCAGGAAGUAAGACGGAAACAGGCGGAGAAAAAAUUGCGCAAAUUGAAGCAAACAAUCAGUAGUGUGUGAAUUAUGAAGCUUUUUACACGCUGCGUUUGAUGUGCUGAGAACGAGAGAUGAGAACUUAUUUGGAAGCGAGCAACUAGGCUCCGUGUUGGAUGUAGAGGAUGAGCAAACCAUUCCAAUACAUCUUAUAUAAGUGCGUGAACGUUUAGUGAAAGUGCAGUGAAACCACAAAACACUCUAUUGUGUGGCCACAGUGCAACCAUCCCGGUGCGUUACAACAGUGCACGCGAGAAAAGUUUGCUCAAAGAACGAAAUUUGUGCAGCGUGUGUGUGUUUGUGCGUGUGUAAAUGGUCAGAACGUGUGUGUGUGUGUGUGUGGCGUAGGUGUGCUUAAGUGACGAGUGCACAGUGCAGAGUGUUUUACGAGUGAAUCCAUGCCGGUUCCAAGCGAAACCAGAACAGCUAGUGACUGUGCAGUGCGAGUGAGCGUGAUAAAGUCCUUUUACCACCGAUACUUCCACAAAAUAUUACCGAUAUUCGACACCACACCGAGAACUACCACUGAUGUCAGGUCCAUGCCAUGGAAGGGGAAAGCUAAGGCCGGGUUAAGCGACCGUUCGGAUAUUGGAGGGGGCUGCUCGUGCAGCAGCAGCAGUACGAAAAAGACGACGCUAAGGAAUCGCCGUGCGCAAAACAAAGACCACGCGCUUGCAGCGACCCGAACCGUUGGUAGUGUGCGUGACGACGCCGGCAACCGGGAGGGGAACGGUUCCCCCACCCGCUUGACAGCGGUCUAUUUUGCAGGGGAAGUUAUCUUCGCCGCCUUUGUCGUCGUCUUUGUCGUUGCCACCACCACCACCGCUGCAGCAACCGCCGCCACCACCGCCGUCGUCGUGUUCGUGAACUGCAGCAGGCUCCCUGCUUAUGAUGUCAUCGGAGGAAGACUCUGAUUCUUUCGGUUUGUACGUCGAUAAGUUGCUAAAGAACAACCCUACCAACACAGUGACGAUCAGCAGUAACGGCAGUAACAGCAACAGCAGCAACGGGAGCAGCAGCAGCAGCAGCAACGGCAACGGCAGCGGCAACAAUAGCAAGCGCAGCAGACAGCGCGUAGACGCGGGCGAGCCAAGAAACAGCUACUCCUCGAUACCCAGCUUCAGUUCGCGGCCGUCCUUCAUGAGCAGCGGUCUAUACGGGGCUAUUUUUAGCCAGGCGCAGCAGCAACAUUUCAGCGGACUAUUCGGUCCCGGCGGUUACGGACCGGCGGCCGCCAGCAAGAUGCUCAACGAACUGCUCGGCAGGCAAGUGAAGCAGGCCCAGGACGCGACCGAUCAGGAUACGCUGAGCAUGCUGUCGGCGAUCGAGGCUGCCGCGGCCAGCAUCAGCAGCAGUGUGGCCGGCAGCAUCGGCAACAACGGCGACUGCGGGCUUACCGCCCAGGACAACAGUAGUGGUGUGGUGAACGGUGCCAGUGGUGCGGUCAAUCCCGCCAAGCUCGGGUUCGAAAGUGUGACGAAUCUGAACAACAACAAUACCAACACGAACAAUAACAAUACGAGCGCGUGCAACAAUUCUGGCGCCGGUGAUAAUAGCGGCAGUGCGAAGGCUGCCAAGAGCGGCAAGAGUGGUAGUGGUUGUAGUGGUGUAACUGUGCCGGUGUCGGAUGUGACGAUGGGCUCGAACCGGCGUAGUAGCAGCUCGAGCAGUACGAGCAGCAACAGCAGUACCAGCAGCAGCAGCACCAGCAGCAGCAGCAACAGUAGCAACAGCAGCAAUCACAACAAUGCUGUUGCGAACACUAAUGGUGAAAACAACGGAGGUGGUGGUGGCGGUACGAUCGGUGACAGUGGUGCGCCCAAGUCAUCGAGCAGUAGGAACGCAACUACCAGCAGCAGCAACAACAACAACAACAACAGUGGGGCGGACGGUUCUUGCAGUAAUGGCCUCGGUGGUGUUAUAGACCUUGACGGUGACUCUACAACACCACCCGCCACGAGCGAGCUGGCCCACCACAUGUUGCGCAACAUCCUGCAGGGCAAGAAGGACCUGAUGGCUCUCGAUCACGAGCUGCGCGCGACGAUCCAGAGCAACCAGAGUGGCCAGCAUGCCGCCGGCGGUCGGAUAUCGCCCGACAACAACAAUGUGAUCGGCAGCAAGAACAACAACCACAGCAGCAGCAGCGGCGCCGGAAACACGAUCUUCGACAUGGGUAAGCUCAGUGAGAACAGCCUCGGCGCGAUCGUGAACGGCGGUGAGCUGAGUGAUUCGAGUGAUGUGGGCGCGUGCACACCCAAGGCCAAGAGCCGGGGCAAUAAUCAAAAUGCGAAAGCGAGCCACGGUGCAGCUAGUGAUAGUGCGAAAUGUGAUGAUUUGCUGGGCGGGUCGACGGACGCGUGCCGCCUUUCGAACGGCAGUGGUGCGGUGGCGGUGGAAACGAUCAACCCGAAGCAGGAGAAGAGCGACGUGAUCGACGAGCUGGUGGCGUCCCUGCCGGAGGACGACGAGGUGGACGAAACCGUACCGUCGCCGGCGUCCUCGACCGGGGCUGGCAGCAACGGGGGGCUCAUUGCGAAGCAGGAGCUGAUGGACCUGGACGACUGCUGCCUGGACGAUAAGGAGCGGGACGAGCGGACGCCCACGCCCGGCAGCGGCAUCGUGCCGACGAGCCGGGCCGAACCGGAAGCGCUCAACAUGAAGCGAGCCCGGGUGGAAAACAUCGUGUCGUCGAUGCGCGCCAGCCCGGCCAUUCUGUCCCAGCCGCCGGUGAACGGAUGCAAGAAGCGCAAACUGUACCACCCCCAGCAGCACGACAACAGUGCGGCGGAGCGGUACGCGGCGGCGGCAGCGGCCGGCCUGAACCUGGGCCUAACGCUGCAGAACUUCAUGCUGAGCAGCAGUGCGGCGGCAGCAGCGGCGGCUGCGGCGGCGACCAACACGGCCGCCACGACGACGCCCGUCACCGAUCCGGCCACGACCGACGACGACGAGGACCUGGUCGAGACGGUCACGACGCCCCACAUCCACCAGAAGCGGGUGGAGAAGGACGUACUUAAGUCGCAGCUGCGCUCGAUGCAGGAGCAGCUGGCGGAGAUGCAGCAGAAGUAUGUGCAAUUGUGCUCGCGCAUGGAGCAGCAGUCCGACACGACGCAGGAGGUCGUGGACGACAGCUCGUCGAGCGACAUCAUGGAGGAUGACGCGAGCGCGCCCGACCUGUCGCCCGAAAAGCCCCACCACCACCACCACCACCAUCUGUCCGCGUCCAGCACGCAGAUGAAGGAGGUGGCGGCGGCCGGACCGAAGGGCCAGUCGAAUGCGGCAGCCGCGGCGGCGGCGGCGGCAGCAGCCGCCGAUGCGUCCAGCAUGCUGCAGAUGAUGAGCAAGAUGAUGUCGGCCAAGCUGCACAACUCGCUGCCCAAUGCGGCCCACUCGCUGCAGGCGGGCGGCUUCAACGGGGCGCACCCGUUCCUGCAGCACAUGCAGCAGGCGGCGGCCGCGGCCGCUGCGAUGCCGCACGAGGCGAUCGGGCAGCAGCCACCAGCCCCACCAACCGUGGCGCCCCAGCACAGCCAGCAGAUCAGCAAUGCGGCGGCGAUGUACCAGAAGCUGUUUCUCGAGCAGGAAGCGAGGCUAGUGAAGGCGGAACAAGCGGAACGGAGCCUGCAGGCUUCGAACCAGCAGCUUCUGCAACAGCAGCAGCAGCAACAACAGCAAUCGCAGCAGCAGCAGCAGCAGGCAAUCAUGCCACAGCAGCCCCAACAGCAGCAGCAGCAGCAGCAGCAACAUCAGCCAGAUCGGAACGCCAGCAAUAACUCGUCACAGGUAAUGCAAUCGCAGGUAACUAUGCAGCACCAGCCGCAACCUCAAGCACAAAAUCAAACUUCCCAGGCACUGUUACAAUCGCCUGUUCAACAUCCGCAGAGUCAACACCCGCAGCAGCAGCAGCAGCAACAUUCGCCGACGCAUCCGCAGCCGUCCCAGCAGUCCUGUGGGCUGGUGCAACCCGUGCCGGCAAACGUAACGCUACCGCCGCUCCCGCCGAGUCAGCAGCAGCAACAGCACCAACCUCAGCCGCAUCCGGCCGUCGUGCAGCCGCCACAGCAACAGCUGUCGCCGACGCACGUCCCGAUGCACGCGAUGCCCCAGACCAACCAUGCAGCGGCGAUGGGUGGCCACAACAUGCCGGCGAUACCGAAGGGAUCGUCCAUUCCGUCCGACUUGACGAACCGGUUGAACAUGAUGCGCUCGAGCGCCAGCUCGGUCGGUCCCAUGUCCGGCACGGAUCUCGAGGGACUGGCGGACGUGCUCAAGACGGAGAUUACGGCGUCGCUGUCCAACCUGGUCGACUCGAUCGUGACGCGGUUCGUGCACCAGCGCCGAUUUCUCGGCAAGCAGUCGGAGGCGGCAGCCGCGGCGGCAGAACAGCUGAACAAGGAUCUGCUGAUGGCGUCGCAGCUGCUGGACCGCAAGUCGCCCCGCACCAAGAUCAGUCAGUCGGACCGGAGCAGCAUCGGUGGCAGUCAAUCAGGUAACGCACCUAUGCUAAGUACACCUAGUCUUAACAACGCGUCCCAGCCCGUCCCGAUGGGUCCGGGCGGUAUGUCCGUAGGACCGCCCGCGGGCAAUGGUAACUGCAUCCAGCAGCAGCCAACGUUGGCAAACAACGUGACGGGCUGUGGUGGAGCGCGGCUCAACGGGAGCUCGUUUCCCCCGAUGCCGGGCAUGAACGCGAUGCACGUCCCGACUGCGGGACCGGGAGUUGAUCCCAAGGGUGGCCAGCAGCAGCAGCAGCAGCAGCAACAACAGCAACCGCAACAGCAGCAACAGCUCAGUAUGAACUCGAUCGGCAUGCCUCCUCAUGUACGUCCUUCUCCUUCUACAGCCAUGUUCCAAGCGUCGAAAACGCCCCAGAACAUCAACUCGGUUGCGGCCGCCGCGCUCUACAACUCGAUGAACCAGGCCCUCGGAGGGACGCCCAGCCAGGUGAAUCCAUUCUGCCUGCCGCCGCCGGAACCGCGCGAGCACAAUCCCGAGCAGAACGAGGCCCUCAGCCUGGUGGUGACGCCGAAAAAGAAGCGGCACAAGGUGACCGACACCCGCAUUACGCCGCGAACAGUGAGUAGAAUUCUAGCACAGGAUGGCAUUAUUCCGUCCUCGAAUCAGGUGCAGGUUGACUCACAGCAAUCUCAACAACCGCAGCAGCAGCAGCCAUCGCAACAGCAAUCGCAGCAGCAAACGCAGCAGCAGCUUCCGAUGGGUGGAGCGACCAACUGCCAUGGGAGCAGUCUGGGGAAUGGCAGCAACAACAGUAAUAGCAGCAGCAACAACAACAACAACAGCUGCAGCAAAAACAAUAACGCACUGAGCGGGCAGCAACAGCCUCAGUCGCAGGCAUCAGCGCAGCAGCAGCAGCCAACCCCAGGCCAGCAGCAGCAGCAACAAACACAAUCGCAGCCGCCCGCCCAGUUUAGCAGCCAGUCGUCCGGUGGCACAGUCCAGCCGACCGGGCCGACCACCCCGACGGAGUGCAAGGCGGAGCGGGCCGGGUUCCACGGUUCCGCCUCGUCGAUGCUGCCCGUCUCACUGCCUACCUCGGUUGCGAUUCCGAACCCAUCGCUGCACGAGUCGCAAGUCUUUUCGCCCUACAGCCCCUUCUUCAAUCCGCACGGUCCGCACGGUGGCCCGCACGGGCCUCAGCCGUCCCAGUUUCACCACAUGAAGGUGUCGUCCAGCCCGCCCGGCAUCAACGGCAUGCUGGACCCGCGCGAUUCCCCUCCCCUGCCCCACCCGCCGACGAUGCUGCAUCCGGCCCUGCUGGCGGCCCACCACGGCAGCUCGCCGGACUACGGACAUAUCAGAGCAUCGAUGGAUGUCAACGAUCGCAACUCGGACUGUACCUCCGCCGACAUCGCCUACAACGGGAUGGAGCCUACUAUAUCCUUUUCAAACCAAUCAUUGUUGCUUGAAGCUUCCAUUGCAGCUAAUCAAUCCUUAACUCCGGUGAACUCGUCAACCCUGACUCCGAUGCACCUGCGCAAGGCGAAGCUGAUGUUCUUCUGGGUGCGGUACCCAAGCUCCGCCGUGCUGAAGAUGUACUUCCCGGACAUCAAGUUCAACAAGAACAACACCGCCCAGCUGGUCAAGUGGUUCUCCAACUUCAGGGAAUUCUACUACAUUCAGAUGGAGAAGUACGCCAGACAGGCGGUAAGCGAGGGCAUGAAGAACGCAGACGACAUCCACGUAAGCAAUGACAGCGAGAUUUACCGCGUGCUCAACCUACACUACAAUCGGAACAAUCACAUAGAGGUGCCCCAAAAUUUCCGAUACGUCGUUGAGCAGACGUUGCGUGAAUUCUUCCGCGCGAUUCAAGGCGGCAAGGACACCGAGCAGUCGUGGAAAAAAUCAAUUUACAAAAUCAUCUCCCGAAUGGAUGAUCCUGUGCCGGAGUAUUUCAAAUCUCCGAACUUCCUCGAGCAGCUGGAGUAAGUUAAGCGGGCGGGGUCCCGUUACUAAUACACAAAGCUCUCUCUCUAUCUACUACUACCUGGACAAACUAGGCGGGAAAUAAACGAACAAACAUGAAAGCUGAUGAAGAGAGAAAGCUGGAGAGCUAAAGCGUGUCAACCACAACAAGAGAAAACAAAACAAAAGUAAUACCAAAAAAAACAAAAGAAGAGGGAAACGCGUGCAGCCGUAAAACAAGGCUCGUUACACUGAAUCAAUAAUAGGAAAAAAGGGACAAACACAAAAAGGUAACAAAAGAGUAAGUAAUAUAUGAUACACGGACUGUGUAUGAAAAACAAAACACAAAACGAAAAACAGAGAGUAAUUUUAUUAUUAAAAUUAAAGUAAAUUAUACAAAAUUGUUAUCUUAAAACAAAUUUAUGAAAUAUGGGGUACGGAAACAAAGAAAUAAGUAAGACGUAAACUAAAAAAGGAGCAAAGAGAGGAGGGAAAAAGAAAACAAAACGAGUGAGCAAAAGAAGAGAAACACGGUAAAGAGACUAUAUUAUUUAAAACAAAGAAGUAAAAAACAAAUCUAGGCGAAGGCAAGGCGCAGUAAACGAAGGCUGAACAAGAGAAAACUACAAUGCAAAAAUAUCUAGCAAAAAACGGUAAAACAAAAAGACAGAAACAUAUAAGAAGACAACAUUUGUGGUUCCUAUAAUGUAGUGCGCUUUUCCCACAGUGAAAGAGCAUCUGCAGACAUUCAAAACACACAAACACACACUAGCAAUCACACAUGUACACAAACACACGCUCCUACAAGAACUGUGUGCCACAUUUGUGCACAAGCGCAAGCGUGUACGAGUGUUGUGUGCGCGUGUGUUUGCUCGUGCGCGUGCAACAAAGAAUCCGCGGGAAAGGCCUUCAAAUUUAUCCACUCUCCGUAUGUAGCAGCACCAGAAACAAAACAAACAAAUUAGCAAACAAACAAAAAAAAACAGAAAUGCUUUGAAGACGGCCAGAAUAUAUACAAUGCUACCUUACGUGUGAGGUAUUUUUUCGCGAAUCAUUAUUCGGGCGUUCAAAAGCACUUCCUAAUGCAUUUAGAUGAAAACAAAAGUUGAAAACAAAAAGCAAGACACCUACACGGCAAACCUCAAAAUUUACCAAUUUUUAGUAUAUUUAAGGAAAAGUAAAAAAACAAAGAACAAACAAAGCAAACCAAAAAUUGGAAGCACACAAAUUCUCAAGUGCUGCCCGAAAAAAUCGCCAACAACGGCUCUCGAAAAGAUAAAAACAAAGAGCAUGAAAUGAGAAAUGGAAAGUGAAGAUACUGUUUUAGGAGAAAAAAAACCUGGACUUGAAGCUGCAAAGCGGAAGCGGAAACCCCGUUCCUGAAGAGACAAAAAACAACAAUUGACGAAUCAAUGCGGCGUUUCUGAUCAUGACAACACAAGAGAGAUGUAAACUGUAUUGCGUAUCGGUCGAAUCGGCGGUGUCUAAUUUACAAUCGGCGUCUUACAUUAGAUGUACAGUUUUCGGGUUGGGCUGUGUUUUAGAGCCUGUCAGCUAGCCAGAGCCAGCCUUCUCUUUUUAUGCUUCACCCAUCCAAAUGACGUAGCGUCAGUCGUCGUGGGCAGUAUGAAAACCAAAGUCGUGGGAGCUAUAAUUGUGGGAUGUACCGCGAGCCGGUACGAAGGUUUUCGCGGUUCUUCAGUUCUGUAUAGCUAGUUAUUAAUCUCUAUGUUCUAUGCGCUAGGUUUAGGGACUGAUAUCGUUUAGAAAGCUGUGUGAGCAAAACGUUGUGUACAAAUACAAAAUCUAGUAGAAGCCGCCGGUGUGUUAGGCGAAUUAACUCUACUACACAGUGCAGAUCGCGAACACCAAGAUUAGUCCUUGGGCAGGAUCACUCGAAGCAACGGUAUCGGACGACCCAGAGGCGUUGAACACUUCCUGUUGUUUCUCGGCAGUUGUAAAUAUGUUUAUUUAUUAUUAUGAUUAUUAUGAUUAUUAUUAUGAUUAUUAUUAUUAUUUUUCCGCUCUUGCCCUCACGCGGCAGCAGGAGGCGCUCUAGCGUUGAAAAUAAAUUAUGUUUAUUGAGACCAAAUUCUAACUAUUAAACAAAAUUAUCAAAAUUCCAAAUUAAUAUCAAAGUUCAGACAGCGAUCGUGUUCCUGGCCCGCCAGCCACGCGCUCUCCUGUCGGCUGUUUUGAUCGUAUAUUUAGGUAGCGAAAGUGUUUUUUGUUGUGUAUUGCUAUCAUUUCCAAACGGUGUUUCCAAACCCCCCGCGGAAGAGUAUGGCUCACGUAAGAAAAUGUUUGAAUAUUUUUAGGCUAAACUACUCACACCGUCUGUUUGCGGUACGGCGCCAUCGGGUACAAGCAGGACGAGGGACGGGCAUAUAGGAAUGAUAUUUUUUGUCCUCCUUGGCGCUGCGUCCUUUCGUGUUGGUAUAUCCGUUGUACGAGCCGCUACCGCAAACGCGGGUGAUCGAAAUUUAUAAGCAAAAUUUGUUACUUCUGGUAAGCGCGGAUGGAGAGAGAGAAAAAAAACGAAUGAUGGGGUCGAGAAAGCGUAAGUUUUGUUUAUUGUUUUGGCGUUAUUUCGGCACUUUAGGCAAAAAAAAGAAACUCAAAUCUACGGUUAGAAAGAAAGGGCAAAAUGUGUAAAAGGUAUCUGUGUUUGAGGAGGGAGUAAAUUGAAUGCGUCCUGAUCCGGUUUGCUUCGAGUAGAUACAAAGCUAAGGUUCGCAUGAUCUCGCAUGAACACCAUGCGGGGCGUUUGGGGAACAGAUCGGGUAAGGUACACUCACAGUUUGGAGGAGAUUGUGUAUACGUGAUGGAUGGUAAUUCGGAAGCAAAAUUCGUUUCGAUCAUGUAACGGGUGGUUAUUCUUUCGAACACAAAUUCGGAAAGUUUCGCUGCGAAUCGGUACGGUGAAUAGUGCACGCUGUGUGCAAGUAUUUCUUUAAAUUAUUAUUUAGCCUCUUUUUGUGGUGGUGAUUGAUCUUUCUGCGUACACGAACAUCUUGAAUUGCGCGUGAGCAGGCGUGUCGUGUUCGUGUGCUCAAUGAAGAUUGGCGGUGAGAAUUUGGCGUCGUCUGCGGAUGUACCACAAAUAUAUAUUAGACCAAUAACAUUCAACGAACAAAAUCAUUGCAAUAGAUUCCUAUCCUGCUACGCACGCGUAGAAAGGGUGCAAAAACCUUUCAGCCGAUCCAGUUCAUUGUAGCAUCAACGCGAUAACGCUUGCCUGCGCAACCGAAAGUGUAACCGCCGUGGAAGGCGGCUCAUGAGAUCUUUUACCAAAUCUACAAUGUUGGUGACCAAACCAAAGCAAUUCUAUAGCGUGCAUUAGGGUAUGCUUUCUAGUAUUUAGGCGCAAUAUUGAAGCAAAAUCGAUCGUGUAUUAAAAAAAACCACACAUAAACCAUCAUCUGAAGUAAAUGAUGCAAAAUUGAUCAGAUGUACUAUUUAAGUUAACCCUGAACCAAAAGCUACAAAAAAUUGCAACUUAUCUCCGCAAUAAGUUUCCUCCUAGUCGUUUUAAUCCAUCGAGAGAUGUUGCCUAAUCAACGGCACCCGCCCGAACCAACCACAAACCUUGCUGACUGGUUUAAAUUUCAACACACAACAUUGCAUCGCGUUUACAUGCUUUGUACGUUGUAAAAGUUGUUUAAAAGGAAAAAAAAGAAGAGAAAGAGAGAGCGACAGAGCGAUACAUUUGGUGAAUCAGGCAAGGAGGCAAUGAGUUAGCUUAAGAGAUAUAUUUUUCGUCCUUAUCAAAUAUUACCGUUUUGAAUGAACAACCAUUACUAACUAUAAUUGGCUUUAUAUGAAGAAAAAGCGCUUCUUCCAAGCCCUGGUUGCGGUGAGCCGGGAAGGGUACGGUAGUGCCAACGCUAUCGAUGGUGCUACCCUGAACCCUAACCGUCACCCAUCCUUCAGGUUUGUAAGAAGUGCGUGAAUGUACAAAAAAAAACAAAAUCAUAAUAAAGAAAACUAUUAUUACUAUUUCCAAAUCUAUUAAAUUAACUUGUGCGCAAAAUUCGUAUUUACUAACUAAAAUUGUGUAUUCUUUUGUGAUCGGUUUGGUGCGUUUUAUUUAUUAUUUUGUUCCGAAAUCGAAUUGGACUACUAGGUGUGCAACAAUUGAAUCUGCAUGUGUGUUACGUUCUGUUAAAUUUUACAGUUGUUGUCUUAUUGUUUUAUUUUCUUUUUUCUGAAGUGACUCUAAAUCAAAAUUUCAAAUCGAACGCGACGGGACGAGCGGCGGUAGUGAAAGAUCCUAUUACUAUAUCAUGCCUUCCAAAAUUACACAAAAAAAACGACGAAAGUAACUGAAAUUGUGAUAUUAAAAAAAUUGAAAAUCACACAAACUCCUCGCUCUGGUUUUUUUGGGCAGUGAGGGCGAUGGCAUCAAGAGAUAUAUUGGGAAAGCGGAACAGUUUUCGAGCUGUGGCACCCACUUCUUCAGCCCGUCCUGCCCAUCCCACCCGUGAGAAGAGAGCCUGUGGAUGAUUCCGUGCAGCCAGCGAAUUGCUGUAGCUGCUCUAGUUUAGGGAUUAAUUGUUAAAACCAAAAAGUAAAUCAAAUUAACCUUUCGGCAUACUCGAGACAAACAAGCGUCUUUUCGGCAUUUCUUUAGGCAUAUGAUAUAAGCAAAAGGAAUAGUGUAGAAGGGGAUACAGACAACACAAAUUACACACAUCUUUCGGCAAAAAACAUUUGGGCAUGUAAAGCAAGAGGGAAACGCGAGAGAAAGAGAGUACUCUUUGUUAAUAAGCAUAUUUGUUUGUUUUUACAGUUUUACUAAAAAAAACUGCGGUAAUGCUUGUACGUUUUGUUUGAAUUUUUUUAGAAAGAUAGAAAUUAGUUGUGUGGCAGUUCCCGCGAGACGACUCUGGCUCCGAUCUGGGUCCUGUUGUGUAGCGACAGUACAGAUACAAGUCAGCAUGGCUACUUGGAAUAUGGCAAUGUGGCACCAUCUCCUGAACCCGGUGGCACAGCGCUUCGCUCAUGCCCGGCGUGGUCAGCUCGCAAGUGGCAAAGCAAGCAAGCAUUUAAAUAGUAACAGUAAUUAAUGGAUAGUCACAGUGCGUACACACUUAGUUUGUAAGUAAAGAUUUCACACAGCUCAAACGCAUUAACAGUAAUAGCAGAAAUAAUAAGGCCGGCAGCAUAACUAAAUGGUAGAGUUACAACCCCCAACACACACACACACACAAAUAGAUAUGUAUGUAUUACCGUGCAUGUGUUUUACAUUACUUAACACCCUGCCGUGUGAGUGUGGUAUGUGUGGUGUGUGUACACAAUGCAGCAGCGCAGUACAAUUUAAUCAAUUCCAUAUUAAUCGGUGUGAGUUACAGUGCAGUAUCCGCAAAGAUAGUAAACCCACAAACACAAUAGCCAGAUAACUCAAUCGCAUUUUUCAAUUCCCCAUACUUCAACCAAGCAAACAACAGCAUACAGAACAACUGCAACUAAAUAACCCAAAUCACCGCCCGGUAUGAGCGAAGGGAAGGGAGCUGCUCUGGAUUCGAGCAGGUCUACCUUUUUUUUACAGUUUGGUCGCUGUGCCGCGGGCAAGGUUCUGAACAAGCGCUCUACUGUGUGUAUGGGUGUGGGAAGUUUGCCAACUCGGACAAGCUUCCACCUUCCAGGGAUAAGCACCGAACGGGCCGAAUGUCCGGGACUCUGGGUUGCUGAGGGCACAAAGCUGUGUGCCCUCAUCUCCAGGAACUUUACAAGUUGACUGUACAAAAGCACAACACACCAGGCCUAAGCGUGCGUGUUGUGAUUUAGUUGUUGCGAGGCAUCUUCAGACCAAGUCGCCAACUUUCUGCCACUCCCGGUAGGCUGCUAGUCUCCCGCAGAAUGCUGUCAUGUCAUGUAUGCGCCGGCGGUUGCGUUCGGUUGGAACGACCAUUACAUUGGGCUGCUCUGGAGCAUACCAAUGCGGACGUGCAUGCCGGCACCAGGCAUCUGUCCGGUCCGGACACACGGGGAGGUCUGUUUGGAGUCAGUGAUUUUGCGCGAUUUUCAUCACGGGCCUCAUACAGACUUGCUCCGCUCCCAAGCUCCGUCGCGGCAUCAGACGCGUUUUCUGCGCAGUACAUCGCCAUGAGCAUGCAAACACCACGCAUGCGUCUUGGGGUCGGUAUGCGCGUGUGAUUCGCUCGCUUCGAUCGAAUUUUCCCCCGGUGGUGGAAAUGAAAACUUCAUCCAGCAACAUGGUGUGACGCCCAAUGCGCAACAUGCAGGCUUGCAUCUCGACCGUUGGGGCAAACGUGUGCGCCCGUUUCCUUUCUGUUGAGUAUGCAAGGCCCACUACCAAUUUGCCAAACACACACAUACACACAGGGAUGUGGAAGGCCAAAGGGUGCUAUUUGUGCUUUUACCAAACGUUCGCUGGAUCGCUUGGAUGCACACACACACACAUAAACAACCCGGAGCUGCUAACACUACUAAUCUGAUCUGACAGCGUGGUAGAAUUAUUCAGGAAAUGUGUAUUAGCUAGACGAAGAAAACAUGUUGUACCUGUAUUCUUUUGUACGAUCAUCGGAUUCGGAGCCAACGAAGUUGUUAGGCGGACCAGAAGUCUAUUGCGGGGACGAACUGCUACACAUUGUACAUAGUUUGCCAUUUGUCGGCUCUUUAUUGCAUUUAAUGUCCCGUCGUUCUAUUUAUGCAAAUUGUGGAGAUUUUUUCUUGAUUGUGCGAAUAAUUUGAGCAACUCAAAGCUUGCCAAAACAGCUCCAAAGUAAUUUGAAUAUGAAUUUUGGAUGUAUUGGUGUCACGAUUUGGAAGGAAAACAAAAAUUAUCGCAGUCAGCGCGGCUUGUGUGUUUCUUCAAACGUCUCGUCGAUUGCGUAUAAAUAAGAUAGACAUGUAAGGACCGUUUUCUUCGGGGUAAGUUAUCCUGGUCGAAUACAUGAUAAGUUGUGUGGUGUAUUUUGUUCUUCUAGCAGUGCUUAUUCAGCUCACCUAAUUUAAGGCAAUUUUCAAACAUUUUGAUCCUCCAAAAGCAGAGAUCUCCAUCUUAGUGUUAAUAACAUAUCAUUUCUAACCCGAAAUGAAUGCAUUUAGACCAAUGCAAUCAUUUUAUUUUAACGCAAAAUCAUUCAUUAAAUUACCUCUUCAUGACCACCCGUAAGUUAAAACCAAAUUGAACUCAAACAAAUUAAACCCAUCUCAUACGCGUCAGCUCAACCGCAAACAAUGGUCCUCCAAACGUACAGCGAAUAGUAAUUGUGGAAGAAGCAGUAUCAUUUAGAUCCUGUAAGGUUUUAUUUGUCUCUCAACGGAUGACGGACAAUGUCUACCUAAUGAUUGAAAACAGAAACAAAAACUUGCAAUAGAAUGGUGAACAAUCUUUCGUUUACAGUUUUUUUUUUUUUGUUCUGUGUCUUCAAUAACAUACACUGUUCGAGAGUUAUUCAAUCAAUAGUUUCUCUAUUUAUCUUUAUUAAAUGACAUCUUUUAUUCAAAUGCUCAAACAUUGUCUUCAACGUUGCAGAAUGACGUAAAGUUUUGUCCCACUAUUUUUGCCUCGUUACGUGUAAGGUUUUGAUAAAAAUCAACUAUCCAAAUUCUUAAAAAAAUAUUACAAAAACAAUCAAUGCAAUACAGUUUACAGUCGAAUGCAGUCAGAAACAGAACCACACUCGUUCGCAAAAGUGUGCACUUGCACACAGCACUAUGUUACUUCGCAAUAACUACAUGCACACCACCUAAAGGAGAAAGGGAGGAAACCGAAUAAGAGGGAAACACCGAAGCUAACAAAAACCUGUUAGGCAAACAUUUAUUUCUGGCCAAUAUAUUUGUUUUAUAACAUGUUUGGCGUCUUUUUGACAGUGUUACGGUAGGCAGUGCGAACCAAAGGAGUGGAGUCUUGAGAGGAGAAAAUGACAUUUUUGGAACAACUUCAUGUUUCGGCACAUAUAUUCAGAGGAAUGGGAAACGCACGAAAAAAAAACACGAACACGGGUGCGUUCGACGGUUGACAUAGCAUAAGAUCUUGAAUAGCUAAACAAUACAAUAAUACUGAAUAGAACAAUACUGCAACUCAAGCAACAACAUCAUCAACAGCAACAACUAAUAAUACAGCAACACAACAACAAUAGAAUGAGAGCACUUGUAUUAAUCACGUAACGAGACAAGCUCCUCUCGACAGGAUAGUAGGCCAGGACUACUAAUAACACAAAGUAAAUUGAUCCACUUUGACACCGCACAGAAUCAAACUCUGAUACAACAAACCUGAUACUGAAAUAGACUAGCCAUACUUAGGUACGAACUAAACCUGCAAAUGGGGUAUAUAAGCGAUUGCAAACCAACUCAGGGAAUAGUUUUACAAACCAUUCGAUAGUUUCCAUAUACUGCGCUUGUAAAGAUAUGGCGAGAGAACAUUAUAGAGGGACAGAAGAGAAGGAGAGGCAAAGAAGAAAAUAUAGCUCUCUGUUUUAUUUGACUGAGUUACAGUGCCGUGAAGCGGAUACUAUUUGUACGCAACAAAUACAAAUAGUUCCGACCCCAGCUCGGCAACCGGAUCCGGUUCCCCGUGGCUGUCGGUCGGUCAAUGUGUGUGUGUGUGUGAGGUGUGACAACACAGUCAAUAUACAGGAUAUAUAAUCAAUUAACCGUAAUUUACAUUUAACUGCAAAUAAUAAGAUUCAAUGAAUGUUGUAUAAAGCCGCUUGACCAUGAGAACGAUACCGGAACCUGAUAUACUCCCCCAAUAUUGCCAAUUCUUUGUAAAAAAAAACAAACACUGUCACAAACAUACACACCGAACAAAGCAAAUCUGCAAACCUAACCGUAGACUAUAAACAGGCGCUGUGAUACUAGAAAACGAACAUAACGUGGGUAAUAUUUCAUGAAACUCUCACAACUCGCAAACCAAGUACACUUUCGUUCCGUGGCGGAUCUGGUGGAAUUGGAGUUGGGGAUGAAUGCAUCAUCAUCCCCAUCACAAUCCACCGUCCUCACAUUAUUGUUUAUCAAGAUGAAGAACGCCAAGAAAGAGGAGACCGGUUAUAAGGAAACAUCCCAGCCCAGCAUUUCCCUUAGUCAGCUGAUCAGCUUCGGCUCAAGGUCAGAAAUAACACCUCGGUGGGCUCGUCAAGCUCGCAACGGGGGUCCACCCUGCUGCACGCCCGCCAGGUAAGCUGGAAAUGCUGGCCCUGUAAUGCUUUUAUUUUUCGUUUAACGAAGUGAAAAACAUGAAUUGAAAAUCCAACAACACAACAAUAGCAAAAUGGAUACAGAUAAAUGAAGCGUAAAUGCUGAACAGCUGAACAGCUAUCAAAACCGAAAACAAAACCAAACCAAAUGGAAAACAAAAACACAUCAACGCAAGAUAUGUUGCGUGUUUGAAGAAUUCGAUAUCGAUUGGCUACUGCAACCACCGACUGCGACGGUUGGUGGAAACCAAAACAAAAGCAAAACCAAAAACCAACAUACCAAUUAACAUACUAACUGGACAAAACUUCGUGAACAAACUUUUCAAGCGAUUAAAUAUAUUAAACAUUAGAGCAACGAUGGUUGAACCUAUCAAAGCACGUUGGAAUCGAACGGAUGCCCAUUCUAAAAUUCCUGAUGUUCUUGUAUUAGGCGGGGAAAAAGGAUUCCCAUCAAACAUUUAUAUUUGUGCUUCCCGUUUGGAAGGAUUGUUUAUAAGCAAAAAAGUCUUUUAAGUUGAUUAAUCAUCGUUUGGAAGUCAAAAGACAAAAAAAUAACACUAUUUUCCCUAAUGGCAGACCCAAUAUGAUCUUUUAAAAUUGAAGCAAAGCUACGUUACUUGCUAAUAAUAUCCUUUUUAAAAACAGACAGUAUAAAUUAUGAACUGAUGAACAACAAAGGACGAGGAACGAAAUAAAUCUGUAUAAAUGUAGCAAAAUGUGCGGCUAACUGUCCUACAUUGCUAAAGGAGCUUUCAAGUAAAAGAAACUGAAAAAAUCAACUCAAAAUUUGCACUCUAAGUUUUCCACUGCAUUGAAACCCUCGAAUUGCUUAGUUUUUCUCAGUUCUAUUCAUCUUAUUUCAUUAUGAGGCAAUGUUUUUGAUUUUAAGAUUGCACUAAAAGCAUUAUUCCCCAAAACCCCUGAAAACAAGACGAUAAAGUCGUCAUACCUUUCAAUUUGAAGAAAAAAGGCCAACCAAACGAAAGCAACACUUUUGAGCCCCCCCCCCCCCUCCUCCAUUUGUACAACCCUAUAAUUACGAGUCAACGGAAAACUGCUGUUUGAUUACAUAUUGAAAUCAUACAAAUUAAUCAUUUAAAUUUGUAAUAAACUCGAAAAACCAAUUUUCACACGCCUCGCCAAUGGUUGACGCGAACGAUGGUGAACCGUCACAACGUGCACACAGCGACCGAACGAUCGGAUUUGUCCCCCUUUCCCAGGAAAACAGCGCAGUAAUACCCGUCUCUAACCCACCGAUUGUCCGAGAAUGCUCCUCCAGCACUCUCACCGACAAUAAAGCUGGGAGAGCAUUGCAGUGCAGAUGAGUAGGGGGAUGAUAAUGCAGGCCAAAAAAAAGUAAAAAAAAAAAAACAUAAAAAAUGAAGGCCGCAAACUCUCACGAUUCGUCUGCUGCUUUAGCGUUUACCAAGGGGUCGAGGGGGAACAGGAGUGGCCAAACCAUAUAUGCCACCCGAUCGGUGGACGGUCCGUGUACUGUGCAAGUUCGCUGCCUUUCACCGGCUGUGCAGGCUGACCCCGACCGCUCGGGAGGGGAGGCUGGACAGCCUUUCGGUCAACUAUUGGUGCACUGGCGUGCUAGCUACUUUAUAUACACCGAACAAAAUAACACAAAACUCGCAUGCUAAUAUUAAAAUAAAUUUACAAAAAUACUACAAAACAAUGCAAAAAAAAACAACAAAGAAACACAUUUGACAGCAUAAAAUCACAUUUUUAACAAACCAAAAUACAAAAUCUGAUCACAAAAAUAACACUAAAAAACAACCCAUAUAUCUUCCACGGCCAAGAAGGUGCCGGUCCCUCGGCUUGCAGAAGCACACCAUCCGCUUACCAGGAUCGGGGGGCCGCCGCGGGAGAUAAAAUGCGAAAACAAAAUCAAAGAAAAUGUUUUGCUCCAAGCGGACCAGAGCGAAUCGUGACAGUGCCGAAACGCCACAGUCACCAUCAAGUGGCCGUACCGUAACGAUGCAUUUGCACCCCAUCUGCACUCCCAUCCGCAAACAUCCGUACUGGGUGGGACGACCUAGCUCUGGGCCGCGACGAGCAAUGGUAGAAAUAUGAUUUUAGCAACCAAUCCAACUUUGGCUAAUGUAAUGUGUAUCACGUUUUGAAACAGUCUGGCUAGGAAUAUGAUCUGAUCACAAACAUAAGACCGAUUAAAAACGCAACAAGCGAACAAAACAAUCCAAAAUCGUUUCAGUUAAAUGCUGAAAAUGGAUAACAAAAAUCAAACAAUUUGCGUGCAGUGUGUGUGUUUGCCCGUACCGUACACAGUUGGACGGGAGAAAAGCAUAUGCAGGCACUUUUUAAAAACUGAAUUGGGCAAACGAAAAACACAGUCACACUAACACAUACACAUAUGUUUAUGUUGAGUUCAUCAAACAGGAUAAACCGGACCUAUGUUUUGUUGGUGCACAGCCGACACAGUUUUUGUAGCAGUUUUUCAUGCUGACAAUUGAAUCAAUCGAAUGAAUGAAUUUACUAAAUCAUCCUUUUAACCGAUAAGCAAUUGGAAUUAUUGGCAAUAUGUUGGUUUAAUUUUUAAAUACCACCGCAAAAACAACAACAGCAAUAGACGUUUUAUACAGAUUGCUGAGCAGAUUUAUGGUGCUGGCGUUUGAAUGUUAUUCGUUCUACUUCUAUGGUUGUAUUACGCUUUAUUUAAAUUUAUAAUUUUAUCUUUUGUAUUCAAAAUUGUGUACCAUAUGUUACAUUGACCUGUUGUUUUCACAAUUUUUGUGUUGAUAUUUCAUAGACUUUUGUUCUCUUUUGACAUCAUCUUUUCCAUUUUGUAUUUGUCGUUGUCUAUAUAUUCAUUAUCGUUUUUUACAUUUUCAUUUUGUAUAAACCAGUGUCAUAAAUCUGCUCAGAACAGGACAUAUAAAAUAUACUGGAAUGAUUUUUCAUCUUUGAACCCAACAAACAAACAAAACCUAACCAAUCUCGUAUUCAUUUCCAAUUGAGGUAACCAUCCUUUGUUUGAAGCAUAAAAAUGAAGCAAUUAUGAACAAAAGAAAGAAGAAAAACAUAUUCAAAUCUUUAACCAACUACACUAUUUCAAUUUGCAACUAGCCGUCAAAUCCGUACAAUUUUUAUGAACAAAAUUUGCAACCAGAGAAGCAAAUGGAGAACGAUUCAGAAUCUCUUGUACACAGUUACAUAGUUUUGAACGGGAUCAAGCCAACAACAACAAAACCAAAAACACACACUAAAACAACUAAAUUGCUCUUUAAAUCUAUAAAAAAAACAAACAAACAAA